AGACAGACUGACAGAUCACGUCAAAAUAUUUGGUUUGAGAUCAGAAAUGCAAGAUAUUGUUUUAAUUUUGUAAAUUAAAGAAAUGAAUUCUAAUAAAAAAGGACCCAUAAUUGACUCUGGCUCGUGUCGUUGCUGCGGUGCCACAAAACGUUGUCGUUUGCUAAAUGUUGAAUACGACUGGAGCGGCCAAAAAGAGAUUUAUUCAGACAUGUUUUUAGAUUGUUUUGGACUUCUAUUAUCACACUUAGAUGGUGAGGCAGAGGAACGUCUGAUAUGCGCAACCUGCGUGCUGAGGCUUCGUGAUGCUAGUCUCUUCAGGAGACAAGUACUGCUGUGCGAGGAGACAUUAUUGAAAAGCAGGAUGACCACAGUUACAGAAAACGACAUUGAAUUGAAGGUUGACAUUGAAGUUAAGAAAGAGACAAGCGACCACUGCAUUUUGGAGGAAUCAAACAAUAAUGAUUGUUUGUAUAGUGAUAAUGACAAUGACAAUAAUACCAGCGAUGGACAUAUGGAUUGUGGCAGUAAUGAAGACAUGAAAAUAAAGCACGAAUCUACAAAUAAAGUAAAGGAGCUUCCAAAACUAGGUCUACGCUCUAAGGAAACAGUCAGAAAACCAGGCAGGAAGAGAAUGAGUUUGAAAGAUGUGAAAGUGAAAAGGGAAAUGCUGAUGAACUUAAAAUACAUGAAACAAAAGUUGUUGAUGAUGAAGAAGAACAAUCUCCAAAUAAAACAGCCGAUAGUCAAAUUAGUAAAAAUGAAGCCCUACAUAGACAAGGACUACAAUUCAUUACAGAACGCGAUCACUAUAGUUAAAAACUCGUUUGUCUGUCCGUUCUUUACUAUUUACGGAGACUAUCACUGUAUGUACUGCAGGGAAAUGUUCACCGAUCCCUCAGAGCUAAGGGUGCACACCCUGAAACACGACCCGGCCACUUACAAGGACGUUGUUGAAUCGAAAAAGAAUUUACUAAUCGAUAUCGACAGAAUCGAUUGUCGUCUAUGCCCGACGAACAUCGAUAAUAUUGAUUCACUGAAGACCCACCUCACUACGGUUCACGGCCAAAAGAUUCACAACGAGACGAGCAAUGAAUUUUUGAAAUUCAAAUUGAAGUUAGGUCUGUUGUCUUGCACGGAAUGCGGUUUGUCUUGUAACUCGUUUCAAGCACUCAAAAGGCAUUUGGCGGUGCAUUUCGGUUCAUUUAUAUGCGAGGAGUGUGGUACUCAUUAUUUUGAAGAGCGCUUACUGACCUUCCACAAGAAAAGGGCACAUAACACCGAUUCUAACAAGCACGAGGACUACGUUUGCGACCGGUGCGGCAAGAACUUCCGCAGCAAGAAGGGCAAGAGCUAUCACGUGGCCAAAAUUCACGAGAAGGAACCGGUCUUCGCCUGCAACAAAUGCGAUGAGGUCUUUCUGUCCUACCACUUGAAGUACAAACACAAAAUGGAGGAGCACGGCGAGAAGCGUUCGUUUCCUUGUUCGAGUUGCGAUAAGAUCUACAACAAUCGCAAGGCGUUGCGGGAGCACAACCGUAAAAAUCACCUACAGCUGCUGAAACAUAAAUGUCCGCUAUGCGACCGCAGGUUCUACGUGCCUUCUGAGCUCAAAGACCACAUGACCUCGCACACGGGGGAAAGAAACUACAGAUGCGAGUACUGCGGCAAAACCUACCCCAGACUAAAAGCUCUGAAAGUGCACAUGGAAUCGCAUAACACCGAGAAGAAAUACAAGUGCGGAUUGUGUACCGCCUCGUAUACGCAGUUAAACAAUUAUAAAAAUCAUGUAAAGAGCAAACAUCCCGUCGGUACUAAUAGUAGUGCGUAUGUAUGAGAAUAAACGAUAAUCAGGCAUAUAUACAUAGUCAGGUCAUAAAUUCUGUCACAUGUUUAAUGUAAAAUAAUUGAAACAAGUUUAUUCAUUAUGUAACCAUUCAUAUACCAAAAUGAACUUAACAAAACAUAGAUUCUUAUGACACUAAAGUUUAUUCAAAAUGACCUCCGUGAUUUUGAAUACAGGCCUUCAAUCUGCGCGGACAGUCGUGUAUCGCAGCACGAACGAGGUCCAUGUCAAUAUCGGCGGCUGGCUUAAUCAACGAUGUCUUGAGUGACUCCAAAUUGGGAUGAGGCUUUGAGCACGCCUUUUCCUCCAAGUGUUGCCAUAUAUUGUAAUCUAACGGAUUCAAAUCUGGACUGGAGGAGGGCCAGUCUUCGUGCCGGAUGAAAUCGAUUUCACGCGCCGCCAGCCAGUCUUGUGUGCUCUUCGCUCUAUGAGCUGGCGCCGAAUCUUGUUGGAAUACCCAGUGCCUGUUAUUGAACAUGGUAUGAGGAACAGGUACUACAAGGUUCGUCAGGACUAUAUUUUGAUAUACAACUACAUUCGUUUUUACACCUUUCUCACAAAAAUGUACCUCUGUUAAGCCCCAAUAAGAAACUCCCAACCAUACCAUGAGCGAGGAUGGAAAAUGACCUCGUUGGACACGCGGAAUACGGUUGCUCGCUUCUUCACUACUGUGUGCGUACACCUUAUCAUUUUGUUUGUUGUAGCUCUCUUCUACGGUAAAAAUUUUUUCAUCCGAAAAAAGAAUUUCCCGAUAUUUUUUUCCCGCGUACCGCUUCAACAAAGCGCGGCAUCUCUUCAGUCUCAGGUCCAUUAGACGAGCAUUCAAACGAUGUCCUGUUUUUCUUCGAUAUGCCCGAAGCCCUAAGUCUUCAUUUAACACCCUUUUCACCGUGGUUCUGCUUAACCCCAUCUGAAGGGCCAACAGUUUCUGCUUACGUUUGGGAUUUCUUUGAAUUCGCGCCUUCACAGCUUUUAUCACUGCUGGAGUCCUAACAGACCGAGGGCGACCACUUCUUGACCUGUCAUCUACACUAGAGUCUUCAUUGUAUCGUUUGAUGGUACGAUAAACGAAUCUUUUGGUUAUAUUCAAAUUUUUCAGUAUGUUAAAAAUUUGAAUUGGCGCGUAACCGCAACGAUGCAACGCAAUAACUGCAACACGGUCUUCUUUAAGCGUUCACUCCAUAUUUAAAAAUGAGUAAAAUUCUAAAUGUAUACUAAUUUUAUUUUCAUGAACAAUUCGAAAUUCGAAUUCAAUAAACUUUUUUGUGGCCAGCAUUCUAAAAGAAAAGUUUUUACUGUGUGACAAUACUUAUGACCUGACUAGGUAUAUAGACUUAUGUAAAAUGAGCUAGACUCGUGUAAAAUUCAAAAAUAAAUUAUAAAAUUAUAUUUGCCAACAAAUACUUGUGCUUUAUGUGAAAUCGGUUUUCGUUAACAAUUGGCGUGAGCCGUGAACGUAAUUUGCUAAUUGUUUUAAUAAAGAUUAUAUAUAUUU